CGGCGCGGCGCGGGGUCGUGUCGCGUAGCCACGGCACGAAGGCUCCAGCCUAAGCGGGCCCCGGCCGGUACCCGCGCCACUAUCUUGCUUGCCGCAUUCCACCAAGCCGAAGUUGCGGCGCGCCCCGCGCGUGCCUUCGCCGACCCACGCGCCUGCCUCGCUCAACUAACCCAACCAACUCAGUCGUCCCAGCGCGCUCUAGCCGCUUGCGCGCGUUGACGCUCGUUUUUUUGUUCGUAGGAGAUCGCGCGAUUGUAAAGUGAAGUGAAGUGCCAAUGGAUGCGGUUGACUUUGGAGUAUAGUGCGCUUGCGUUCAGCAACUUUGGAUUUGUCUAUUCAUGGGCGCGUAACAGUUGUUUCGAGAUGCGACAUGCGCGCUCUAUGUUCGGUUCGCGGGCCGCUCGGCGGCGAGACGCGCGCGCUCGGCGCGGGCGCGCGGCUGCUGUCGCUACGCGUGCCCGGCCGGGCCCAGCCGCUACACUUCGUCGUCGAAGCCAAGGCGAGGGUCAAGGAGCUCAAGGCCUUGGCCAGCACACAUGCUCAGCUACAAGGCAUGACCGACACCGACUUCUUUGGAUUAGCCAUCUUACAAAAUGGAGAAUACUUGUUUGUUGACCAAGAAAGUAAAUUAUCAAAAUAUGCACCAAAGAGCUGGAGGUCAUCACACACACACGGUUUGGACGCAAAUGGGAAGCCACUCCUGGAAUUACACCUUGUCAUUCAAUUCCACAUCGAAAGUCCACUUCUGCUGCAAGACGAGGUCGGAUUACAUUUGUACUUCUUACAGUUGCGGCAUAACGUCCGAACUAGAGAAGGAUUGCCUACGGAAGUUCUUUUGUUACUCACCGGUUUGGCUUUGCAAGCAGAAUAUGGCGACGCGGACACUUACGAGGACCGAGACUACUUCAAAGUUGAGGAUUAUGCAACACCAUCCCUGACAGGUGACUGGGUCGCCGCAGCUAUGCGUGCGUGCCACCGCGAACACCGGGGACUUUCAAAGAAUGACGCUGAGAUUAGAUUCAUUCGAGAAGUCUGCCUGCUCCCCGACACUAUCAACUCGCACAGAUACAGAAUGAAGCAAACUAAAUCAGAACCCGAGCCGGGAACUGUUUGGCUCUUGGUGACAGCUAAAGGUAUACAAAUUUUACCCGAUAAUGGAUCGAUUUAUAAUUUCAUAUGGAGUUCUAUUGGAAAACUAAGCUUUGAUAGAAAAAAGUUUGAAAUAAAAACGGAAGAAGGCAAAAUAACCUUAUAUUCUUCUAGUGACGAAAAAUGUAAAUAUUUGUUCGCAUUGUGCAAAGAGUCCCAUCAGUUUUCUAUGAAAAUUGCACCCAAAUUUAACGAAAUUGUUAAAAGAGAAGAAGACGAACGAAAAGUAUGUUACGGAUAUUCGAAAUCGUUGAAUCUUCAUCACAAUCAGCAUAAUAAAAACGAACAAAGAAUAUCAGUAAUAUCAACAACAAGUUCAAACACUACAUCAGGAAUUGUCAGUGACAGAGUGCAAUCUGAAGACGAAUUAGAGAUAAUGAUCGACUCGCCUCCCGCUCCAUCCACAGAGAGUUUGGCAUUUGCCCAUUUAUUAGAUAGUUCAAACUCAUAUUUCCUACGAAACGAUUCUCAUAACAGCCAUUUAUUACACAAAACAACGUCAUUACAGCUACGUAAACCGAAGUUACAUCAAUCUAAAAGUAUGGAUGAGAAUGAAUCGUCUAAAUUAGAUACUACUUCAGAAAUUGUGUUAAAUAAUCUGGCCGAGACUGUUUCGCUACCCGAUCAAAGCAUAAGCGAGUCAAAAACCGAUAGCCCUGUCAACAAAUCAAAAUGCACGGGAUCGCAGUGUUCCUCAUCUUGCAGUACGGUAGUUAUGGCGCGAGCUGGCCUUAGUACAUUGAGUAGAGCAUCUAAUACAAGCAGUUUAGAACUAGGCUUUAGCCAUACAGCACAAAAUUCAAUGUUAAGUGAUAACAGCACAGUUGGAAUAGAUGUGGAAUAUUCUCAAGAUACCGAGUCAGCGCUGUACGAUGGCUUGGGUCAGCCUGUGACAAUAGCGGCCUCGAGCGAAACGAGUGGAGUUUACACAAUGGGUAGUUCAGAGCUAACUGCACGAUCAAAACUUGGGAUCCAUUCAGAAGGUAGUAGAACAGAGUAUGAAAGUUCUCAUUAUGACAGUUACAAACCACCAGAAGAGAACGAUCUUGCUGCCUUUGACAGUGUUUCGUCAAUAUUAAAAAACAAAGCCGAACCUAGUCACUCUACAGGACCUCUUAGAUUACAGGCGUCUCUAUUAGAUGUUGAUUGUGUUGAUGGCGAUGCAAAGUUUACAAAUCAAAAGCAUGAUGACAAAGAAAAUAUUUUUAGGGAACGAUCUAACUCCAAUGUCAGUGCCGUAUCUUUUCAUGGCGACGGCAGCGACCCUACAGACCAGAAACAUAAUUUACUUAGUGCUAGUGAAUUAAGUGACUUAAUAGUUGGACGUGGAGUAUAUCCUAAAAGCCAAUCCGUCAGUGAUACGUUAGACUCAGUAUCAGAUUAUGUCAGGUUACCCCUGCCGUUUUCUGGUGACAGUUACAUCCAAGGUCACGAAGAUACUGCUCCAUCUGAUGAUAACUACCCAAACGGUUCAUUUUUCGACCGACCACCAACUCCGCCAACUAGAACUGAUAGCAGAAAGGUUUUUAAUUUAUCUCUCCCGAACAUAUUGGACAUAGACCGGGAUCAAGUGAUGUCAUCCAUACCUGAAAAACCUCCACCACCACCAUACGACUAUAAUCACAAAACUGUUCCUGCGCACACAUCUACAAACACAAAAGUUCCUCCUGCGUACCCCGGUUCUAUAAGCAGUCAUGGGUCUUUUCAAAAUUACGCAGAAAAAGAAGAAGUAGCCGCUAGAGUUGUAACAUCUAAGCCUAUGAUAACGAUACUAAAAGCGGAAGCAGGAGAUGUAAAUACACCAAGCGAAAGAACCUUCGCUAGUCCUAUGGUGAUGGAACAUAGAUUUCAGAAAUCGAAACGGCAUCAAGCUUCCAGCCGUAGAGCCGGGCGGUCCAAGCUAGCUCAAGGAAUUAACAGUCUAUCCCCAUCAAGAGAAAUGCCCUCUCAUGUAGUAGACGCUAAUGUCCUGGUGGCAAUGAUGAAACUGCCGCCGCCGCCCCCACCCCGCCGCACCCGACUACCUCCGCCACCGCCUAUAGCCCGCCUGCCUCCUCCGCCUCCACCACAUAAUCCCAUGUUUCAUCAACAGCUUUAUAGCGACGUGGACUACGUUUACUAUCCUUUACAAGACCCGACGAUAUCCCAACAAAACUACCUCGAUCACAAAUUUUCUGAACCCCGUGUUUCAAAUAUGCACAAGAGCGGUCUACAAUAUAGAAGUACGCCGUUUUUAUCGACGAACAUGUCGACGUCAUCGAUGUACGGAUCCAUACAGAAUCUAUCAGACUCUUAUAUUCAAUUGCCUGGAAAUCGUUCAAGUUGGUAUUCCUUAACAUCCAGAACAUCACUUAGUAAUUACUCAGUUAACCUGGAACGUCCACAGAAACCGAUCCGAACACCGGAAGUAUCCAAUUUCCCGCGAACCAAGUCGGACGACAACCUAUUAAACCCGAGGGAUCCGCCGCCCAUUCGCUCGAGGCGUAUGCCACCGCCGCCUCCGCCGCCCUAUGAACAUAAAAAGAAGCUCUCGGCGCCGCUUAGGGAAGUCAACAUUUCUAACAGUGGCGCAAAUGUGAUGAGUGAAAUUAGUAAAGUAAGAGACGCUAAUGGUGAUCUAGACAUAAAAACUCUUCGGGAAAAAAGUAAAAAUUUAGAUCUGCCACUGAUCGCCGCGUUAUGUAACGACCGGUCGUUAUUAAAGCAGACAAAAGCAUUUGGUGUUCCUAAGUUGCAUAAACAAACAGUUAGUGAAAGUGAACGAAAGUGUACCAAGUCUGUUCUAAACACCACCGAUAAUCUAGAACUUAAGAAUAACAACAAACAGGAAGGCAUCGCAAGAAUGUCAAUGACAGGGACGCAAAAGAAAAUUUUGAUAAGAAAGCCGACAGACAAACUUCCCGCAUUACCCAGUUCCGACACUCACACCCCUAGAGCAUUGUCGAACACUUACGUAAUGCAUCCAAGUGUAAAAGUAAAGAAAAUCCAACCCAGCUCAUGACACGCUGUGCCGACUUGACAUCGUAAUUUAGCCUUUACUAUUUGUGAAUACUUCCAGUGCUAUGAUAUGAGCUUUCUCCACCGACCUUACGCAAUAAGACUGAAUAAAAAGUCCUUAUAGACCUAUCGACUAGUUAUUUUAAAGUUACAAUUUUAUCACAAUUAUACACAUUCCUUAAAAUAGGUUAUCAGAAACAUUCCAAUUUUCGAGAAUGUCGGUAAUAGAAUAAUAGUGCACAUUAGAUACCUACAUUUUAUAAGUAACAUUCGUGUUAUAAACAAAUGAAAUGUCAUUGACUGAGUAAGUAUGAUGAAUUUGUGCCAUAAACAGUCAGGCUUAUCGGUAAUGUGUUAGGUAUGUUUCACAGGCCCUUAAUAGGCAAUUGAUGCCUUAUGAACGAUCUAACAUUAACCAUAAACAACCGAUAAACAAUUAUUUCCUUAUUGCUGUCUGGCUGUUUUACCACGUAGAUGUAGUUGAGCGAAAAUUAUACAAUUUAUUCAAUGUAGAUUUUCAAGAUAAAAACAACACGAAAAUCGAAUAUUGUAUUAUUUUCCCUAACUACAUUUAUACCUUUCAUUUCAAAUAGUUUUCAAACCUGUUUUUAAUUAUAACCACGUAUUGUACAGUUGCUGCUAUCAAACGUUAUGAAUACCUAUUUAUGCCUAUAAUAUUAUUGCUUGCAUAAAAUUAAAAAAGCUCUAACCACCAGCCAACCAUUAAUUCCAUAUUUAUUUCAUGUUACUAAGUUACUACGCAACGCACGACCUCUUCUAAUAAAAUUCGUUUUCUCGUAUGUAUUAAUCAACUACAUUUUUUUUCUAGAUGUUCAAGUGGUCAAUUCAUUGUUUUACGGUUAUACACAUUCACUGUACCUAUUCGUAAUAAUAAAUACUCGCAGUUUUAAGAAUUCGCAGAUGAUUGAUAAAUAUUUGGUAUCUAGAUCUGUUUGAAGUCAUUGUAUAGAUAAUUCGUAGAGAAUAAUAAUACUUACAUAAUAAUAUCUGCAGCUAUUUAUUUUGUUUAGACAAUCUUUACAUGUAUAUAUAAUCAAGUGUAAUGAGUACAUACAACGAUGUGUACAAAUGUAAAUAAAUAAUUAUGUGUAAAA